AUGAAUACCGAGUUUAAGAAUAUUAUUGGAAUAGUUGUGGGACAGGAGUCGUACGACAGAUUCUUUGUAUGGUGUAAAGAUUCAAAACGCCAUGUAAUUCUCCAAAUGAACCCAGAAAAGCCCAUAAAAAUGGGAGAUUGGGUGAAUUUGAAAUUCACGUCUUCUGAAUUUCAAAAAUUCAAAGAAUCUCAAGUGUCUAGCUAUGAAAUAAUAUCGGAAAUUUAUGAAACUGAAGUUCAAGGAAAUCGAGUUCUUGUGAAGUUGGAACAAUAUUUGAUGAGCAAUCAACAAGAAUUGAAGCAUCACUUUUUCGGGAAGAUCCACAACGCUCACAACAUUUGCUUCCCAUCUGGUGCCUAUUAUCUGGCAAUCAAAAGUAGAGAUGAUAUUUGGAUUAUAGAACAUUUGACUACAGUAAUCCCAAAGACCAAGAAUUCUAAAACUAUUGGAAUAGUGUUAGCAAUACUUGGAACAAAUCAAUUUUCAGUUUGGUACAAGGGCAGCAAAAAAUAUUUCGAUGUGUUCCUAAAAUCUGAAAAUCUGGAAAUGCCAAACAUUGGUACCUGGCUCAGCAUGGAUUUGUAUCUAAACCCAGAUUCUAACAUUUUCGAAUGUUGGAGUUUUACCGUAAUCCCAACCCCAAUUCAUCCGACUUUUUUUACCGAAAAAAAUCAAUUAUGCUUAAAAUUGGAAAUUUGGAUUCCAAAAGAUUCUGUGAACAUUUUCCAUCCGUUUGUAGGAGAGAUUGCAAAUACCCUCGGGGCAGUUAUAACGUCUGGAAGAUAUUCUACAAUUGUUCAAAAAACUAAAAUUGGUGCAAAAUUUGCAUGGUUUUUGAAAGAGAGGGAGUUGGUGAGCGUGCACGAGAAAUGCGUCAAGGCACCACUCGAAAUGUACCAAUUUUCUCCAGUAACUCAAAAUCAUGACGAUUUAGUACUAGCACUAUUGAAUUUGGCUCCGCCCAUUUCGCAUAACCAACAGACACCUUGUCUGGUGCCAAUUCAACCUACAAUGGCUCCUCAACCUGUUGCGAGACGCAAUUUUCAGACACCAGCCAGACCUUCUAAUCUUCAGAGAAAAACUCAAGCUCUGGGAUCUCAAUCGGAAGCUUCAAUUUCUGUAAGGUCUUCAAAUUUUUGGAAAAUUUCAGAAAACUUUUUUCAGACAAUUGGACGCCCAACUAUACGUCAACGAUCUUUGUCAAGGUCAACAAAUGAGGUGAACACCGAAAACGCGCCAAGGCACCGAAAAGAUGCCAAUGCACUAAAAUGCGUCAAGGCACUAGAAAAUGUAUUAAAGAACUUCCAGUUCUUUUGCGCUUUUCUAGACGCAUUUUCAGUGCUUUUGCGCAUUUCCGGUGCCUUGGCGCAUUUUCAGUGCCAUCGCUUUUUUCAGCUCCGCUCACUUUCCCCACCGAAUCAACCUCAACAACAACCAGUUACGCAACCCGACGAUUUAAUUGCUCUUUUAACAAAACUAAAAAGUUUCCCAAAUAAUCAGAAUAACCAACAUCCUGUGCAUCAGGAGCCGAUUCAACCUACAGUAAGACGAUCUUUAAUAAGGAAUGAGGAGCGUGGAAGAGCCAAAUCAAAGAGAAGAUCAAUAUCAAGGCCAAAAACUCAUGAAAUCACCGGAAUCGUUGUGGCUGAAGACGCCAAGAACUUCUUCGUCUGGUGUCGUGAACGUCUUCCGGGACAGAAUAUCACAAUUCCAAAAACGCCAAACUCUGCGUCUCUUUCUCUAACCAGCUGGAUCGAAUUUACAGUAACCAGCGAGCAAAUGAGCCGAUUUUUUCUGAAUGAAAUGCCAGAUAAUGGAAUUUAUCCGAGAUUUCAAAAAGACCAAUUUCGAAUUGUUUCUACAAAGUUUCCAACUUAUUUGAAUCCUCAAGACAAAUCGAUAUCUAUUGAAAUCAAUAUUUGGCUUCGUCAAAGUUGGGAAAUUCAAAAUAUUGAACAUGAAAUUUUGGGUACGAUUAUAAACGAGAAUUUCGUGUUUGAUAAAUCUGGAUGGUAUUUGUUGAUUAUAAGGAAUCAAUUCAAAAAUGGGGAGAACGCUGAAAGUGUUUGGUAUCUCGAGGAGUGCAGAUUGGUAAGUACGACCCAUAAAUAUUCCCUACUUCAAGCAAAAACUCGAGUUUUGGGAUCUCAGUCGGAUAAUUCACUUUCGACAAUCGAACGCCAAACUCAGAGACAGCGAUCAUCAUCGAGGCCAAGAAAUGAGGCUCCGCCCACUCCGGCACCGCGUAGCUCCGUCGAGGAAAAAGUGACGAAAAUUGAGUCGGAAGCUAUAAUUACCAGUAUUUUAAUUGACAACGGCAAGGAAUCAAUAUUUUUGUGGAUUUUCGAAUUGGGACAAACUGGAAUUUUGUAUCUAAAUGUGGCCGCUGAAAAACUGAAUUUGGAGCCUGGAAAAGUGUUCAAAUCGACGUUUGUCAACUGGAAUGGGAAAUGGUCCUCUCGUGGUCCAGUGGCAGGAUGCAAAGAUCUCUAUGCGACCAGAAUCAACAAUAGCGAUCAAAUUGAGGUUUUGGUGUCUGGAGAAGUUCUAGAAGAGCCCAACGAUGAGCAUUGCAAUUGUCCAUGGAUUCCUCAUCCCCAUUUUGGUGACAUUCUCGAUUAUCACUGCAAAAUUAAAAACCAUGCUGGAUUUCAGUACACUUUUUGGAUUCGUCGUCAGAAACUUGGCGGUAAUUAUCAUUGGGUUGUUCGGGAACAAGUCAAUUGUUAA